GUUGCUUAAGUGAGUGGAAAAAUUUCCAAUAGGUGUGGAGAAGGGCAAUCUCGAAGCUGAUGGCUUCCGCACAUGUAAGUCAGUACCUAACUUUAUUAGACUCAACUUUUUUUCUGUUCCAGUGGUUUUCUGUAAAAAAAAUCACGCUGAGGAAUGUUUUUCUAUAAGAACGUUUUAAUUCAUUAUCUUAUUCGUUUCUAUCCUUAAACACUCAUUAAUCGGACGUUAUAUAGUUCUAAAAAGUAUGACGUUAUGCGAAGUUCUUUGAUCGAUCUUCUAGAAAACUAUCUCGUGUUUAUAUGCUUCACUUCUUUUCUUUAUUAAACAAAUCAGCCUUUAAAUCCUUUAAGUAGAUCAGCAGUGUUUAUAAGUUUUGUUAGUACUAAAACAUUUGACAAAAAUGUUGCGGUUUGUUUAGUAUUGAUACUGUGUAUGAGAUUUAGGUGAUCUUGUAAGCUCCAAGCGGCCAGAGAUGCUUCAGGGUUGUUUAACGCGUUUAAAAGUUGACAAAUGUUUGCUUUCUCUAGCAUAACAAAUAUUUGGCAAUUUUAAGGAUUACGGUUUGACUCUGCGAAAUGAAAGCACUUCACUUUCGAGGGUUAAGUUAUCUUUGAAACGAACUGACUUUACUCGUGCAGAAAGUUCGUUCCUCUCGAUGUGACAGCGGUUUGUGGUGAUGUGAAGCGUUAUUAAGACAAAAGCGAUGACUGAGACAUUAAAAUUAAUGACAGGUUUCAAAUUUCAGAAAAAAAAUGAGACUUUUAGCCAGGAUCAAACCUGGAAGAAAAAUAUUUAAAGCAAAGUUUUGAAUGUGUAGGAAUUCCCUUACGCUCUAUAACAAGCUGAUAAGUGAAAGAGCCUAAUAUAAUAUUGCUUAAAAUAAGACCAUAGGCACUGCAUAAUGAUCAGGUUUUGCAAUGUUUUGUGAUGUGAAAAUCAAUGUGUAGAGCUAACAUGUAGCAUUGUUGUCACAGGAAUCCACUUGCCAAGCCUGGGGGGCUAGCAAAAUUUUCUUUUGCCAAAAGAAAAAUUUGAAAGCCCUGACUGUGUAACAAUGUGUUGAAAUUAUUGCAAACGUAAAGUUUGGAAAUUGAGCCCCUUUUACAUUUGUAGCAAAUUGUGAAUUUUGAUAAACUCAAGGUAAUUAACUUGUCCAAGUAGCAAAGGUAUUUGUUUGUUCAAUGUACCAGUGUAUGAGUUGUGUGCAGGCAAACAGUUGUAAAAGGGUAUUCUGGAAAAAACAUUGAGAUAUUUUUUGUUAUCAUUGUGAUCUAAAAAGGAAAUAUUAACUAUUUCUUUAUUAAAACAAAACAUCUGAGCAAGUGAGGUACUAGUGUACAAAUUAAAUUGUCAGAAAACAUAAUUCAUUAUCAGUCUGAACUAUCAAGCUUCCCCUUAGAGCAGGUUUCAUGCAGUUAAGACUUUGCAGCUUUUUGCCCUAAAAAUCCAAGUAAGUCUAUAAAAUAAACCUUCUUUGAGAUAAAAGAAACUUAGCUUUAUUAGGCUUAAUUAAGAACUAGACUAAAACAUUAUGAUAUUGAUAAUUUCUUUUGUUGUAAUUAACUGCUCUCUACAGAUAGAAUUACACAUUUUUUUGUGAUUAACAGCUGUUAUUUACAAAAUAUUGGUGAUUAUAUAUAGGUUACCUUUACAUUAUAUGGAGCAGUUUCUAUCAUUUGAAGCAAAAAGUCACCAACAUUUGCAUUAUUACCUUAAAAACAAAUUGGAAUUGCUAACACUUUGUAGUUAACCUGUGAAUGAAUUCAUCCCUGUUGGAUGCUAACAACUGCAUAAAAAAGGAAUCAACACAGACAUUUACUUGUUGAUUUUUUUUUAUAUAAAAGUCAAUAUGAACUAACCCAGUAUCAUCAUCAUUAUCAUCAUCAAUCUUAAAUGACUCACACUUGAAAUUGCUUCAAGAAAGAUACUCCUGAAUACCUUUGCUCCUGGGGUACAGAACCAAAAAAAAUAAUAAUUGUAAACAAGGCGAAGCUUAAAUGGUAAUUUUAGCCUAAUUUGUCACAGCAAACAAUAAUUAUUUUACUGGCAUACUCAAAAGUAGUUUUUUUGUAGGAAGGUUUUCUACUUUAAUUUUGAUUUCUUUGUGAAGUGUUUCUUUGUGAGAUGAAUGUUGUUGAGUCAAACGUCAACUUGAUCUAGAAAUAACAAAUAAAUAAAUGAAUAGAUGAAUAUUAAAGUUACCUGGGAGUCCCUCAGGUUUUUUUCUUUUUGCACCCCUUCAAAUAUGGCUAAAAUCUUGGACAAGAAACGUUAAGAAAAAUGCCUAGUUUCAAGGUAAAGCUGUUGAAGACACUGUGUACUAAAAAUACUCCCCAUUUCCCCCAAAAGCAAAUUGAAAUCCCACUGAAUCAUUUCUUACUGCCAACUUAACAACUACUCUGACCAGGGGGGAGCGAGGGGAGGGGCCAUUGUGGUACAAAAUCCAUGGAUAAGUGUUCUGUGGGUAAGAAAGUGCAAAGUUCUUAACACUUUUAGUCCAAGAUACAUACAUACAUACAUAGAUACUUUAUUGAGACUCUCUUCAACAGGGCUUUUCAGUCACAAUGUUAAUUAUCACAUAAUACUGGUAAUUAAGAAAAGAAAAGAAAACUUAUUUACAGUAGUUCAAUUAAAUUCAAAAGACAUUCAAAAUUAUUCAAAAUAUAUUCAAAAUUAUUUCGUAUGAAAUAUCUUAUUAAAAAGUCUCCACUUAAAACUAUCAAUAUCUUUAGUGUUCUUAAUAUUGUCAGGUAGCCCAUUCCAUUCCUUUGGACCCUGAAAAUAAAAUGCCCUUUGUCCCAUUGAUAGUCUACAUCGGGGGACCCCAAAAUUGUUACGUCCCCUUGUGUUCUUGUUGUGAACUGCUGAACGUUUAAUAAAAUAUUAACCUAAAUAAUCUGGAGCUAAGCCAUUUACACAGUUGAAUACUAAAACUAAGUCAUUAAAUAGAACCUUCUCCGUAACAUCUAACCAUUUAAGAGAUCUUCGUCCCUGGGAGAUAUGGUCAAACUUCUUUAAACCUAAUACAACUCUGGCAGCAAAAUUUUAUACCAACUGCAGUUUGUGUAGGUUGCGUUUAGAUGUGUUGCCCCAUACUGAGGAACAAUAAAAAAGUUUACUGAAAACAAAGUUAUUUAUAAGUUUGUUGUUGUUUUGGUUGCAGACAGUAUUUAAUAUUAUAUUAGAUUUAAGUGAUACUGCUGAAAACUUUUGCCCAUGCUAAAAACUAGACAAAAGGUUUUGAAUGGCCAAAUUUUUUCACAUUACUGCUAAUCAUCCAGCAUUAAUUAAAUGAAUCAAGGGAACAGGUUAUCUUUUAUGUUAUUAUGACAGAAUGAGGGUGAUCCACUUGGUGUCACCAACAGCAUGAAAAAGGAUGGUGCGUCAAACACAACUGCAAUAAAGUCUCAAGGAAAGGUAUGUUAUAUGAUAUUAUAUGUAGUACAAUUAACUCUCUCUCAACAUGGACACCUGUGGGACCGGCACUAUAUAUAUCUGUCUUAGAGAGAUGUCCAUCUUAUUGAGAAGCAACUAAAAGGAUUAAAAAAAGGCAGGCACUAAGUCUUGGUGUCUGUUUUAGCGAGGUGCCCGUCUUUUAUUAGAGGUGUCCAUCAAGAGAGUCGACUGUACUUCCCUACAGCUGUAUAACGAGCUUUGCUUUGAAACAAAGAAUAGAGUUAAUGAUAUAAGUAAUAGCAAUUGUGAGAAGCCAGGAAAUUGAAUAGAGGCAGUUGUCAGUUCCCUCUGUGGAAAGUUUUUUUUCCCCAGCUUCAGGUGAACUCCUGCUCCUAGAUAGCUUCUAGUCCAGAACCCCCUUUAAACCCUAGGGGUGAUCAGUGUCAAAUUUCUCCUUGUUAUAUCAAUGUGUUAUGAAACAGUGAUCAUGAGAUAACAGGACUUAGUUGUUAAUUGAUAUGUUAACAACUUUUGCUGACUAUAUAGGAAAUGUGGAAUAACAAGUGAGAAUUUAAAUUUUGACAUCAGGGGUUAAAGACUUAACAGAGAAACUAAAGUGAAUGGGUCCUGUGUCUCUUUGUACAUUGUAUUGGGGGAUCUCCUUGUAUUAUGAGUUGUAAUAGUCAUUAUUUAAUAAUAAUAUUAUUGUAGUGUACGCAAGAAUGAAUGAGUUAAACAUACAUACGAGGUGGAGUUCUGUAAAAUUAUUUUUCAAUUAUCUUUCUCACAGCUUGAGUCACUUCCAAAAGAAGAACUGAUAAAAUUUGUCAAGAAACAACUUGCAUUGUUGAAGCAAACCAAAGCAAAGUGUGAAGGUAUGGUGUAUAAUUCAAAGUACAAAGCAUGGCUGUCACUAAGAUUUCUAGUUGCCAGGUAAAUACAACAAGUAGGAGGGGAAUCAAACAGCUAGGGAAUUUCUUUUGGUUCUAUUUUUCUUCUAUUUUCCUAUGAAAGUAGCAAGGGGCCACAUUCUUAGUAGCCAGGCGAAUUCCGGGCCCCUCCUCUUAAUGACAGCCUUGUUGAAGGGUUAAAUUAUGUGCUUUGUUUUUGUUUUGGGACGUUUUUGUAGACCUGUCCUCACAAUUGGAAGAAGAAAGAAAUGAAGUACAGAGACUGGAAGCAGAAAAGAAGGAGUGGCUGUCAAGAGGAGUGCAUGCCGAGUUUGAAAAGAAAGACAAGGUACAUGUGUACAAGUUUAUACUCACUAAUUGACUAGCUGACCCUUGGGCAAGAUGAUUGCAUUGAUAUGCUGUUUGCUAGUAAGACACAGCCAUGUUGAGAGGCAAAUAAUGUGUUGUACAUUUUCUCAAAAUUUUGAAUAUUGUGUACAUGAGCAUUGUCUUAAACCCAUAAAUUAUGUCUGAAUAUCAAUUUUCUGAAGAGAGUAACAUGUUAAUUUGAUGGUUUUUUUAUGUGUAAGCUUAAUUAAUUGUUUCAGAUUAAAUGUACAGCUCUGGGAUGUGUAAAAUAUUUUACAUGAAGUUGCAUGUGCCCACCGGAUUAAAUACACUGUGAAAAUGAACCUUGUUAUUUAUGCUGUGGCAAAACUCCAAGUAUAAGACAUAAUUCAUAAGUUAUAAUAGUUUUAAAUGUGUAAGCUCAGUUAACUGUUUCAAAUUAAAUUGACAUAUAUUAUAGUUGCACAAGUUUAAACAAUGAUGUGAAAUCUGAACCUUGCCAUUUAAAAGAAAAGCUGUAGGAAAACUCGGAGUAUAAAAUACUAUAAUGUUCAUAAAAUUAAAUUCAAAAUUUCAAUACAUUUGAAAAUUAGAUCUUAAAGAAAAAUGAAGAAUUAAAAAUGGCUGCUGAACUUGGGAGAAAGAUGUUAGAGGAAAAUGAUGGGUUACGUGGAAUGUACGAUCAACUUGAGCAGGAACAUGAGAAAACAGUUAAAGUAAGGAACUAAAAAAUCUUCUUUGAGUUGCUUUAUUGGCUAUGACAUGUAAAUACUUAUAACUCCUCUUUUAUUUUUAUUAUUCCUUCUUAGAACACUUAAAAUUAAUAUUGUUAGAACUGUUUUAAAUGGUGAAUAUAACUUUUAAUAACCUGGUGAAAUGUUAGAUUUAUAAUAAUAUUAUAAUGGCUGAAAAGUCUUUAGCCUUGACUUAAAAUGAGUAAUGAUAAGGGUUUGUGUAUAGUGAAAGUACAUGACGGUACACCUUGCUGCUUCAGAUAGUUACAAGAAGCCUCAGUUAACAAGUAAUGAUAAAUCAAACAUAACGUGAUUAAUGACUCCAACUGGCAGUAGCCAAACCACUCCAGUUAGCUGCAAUUGUUUUUAUGAGCAUUUGAUAGACUACGUGCAGGUUGGUAUGGUUUUUAAUUGCAUGGUUAUGUUACACAAAAGCUCUACUUGUCUCAUUAAAAUAAAUUGAUUCUUUAAAAUCUAGGAACUUGAAGAGGAUUUGUCUGCUGUUGUCAUGGAACGAAAUGGCCUACAGGAGUCACUGAGAAUUCUUCAAGAAGAAUAUCAAACUGCUGUCAAGGAGAAGAAGGUACAUACUGAACAGUAAACCAUCUGAUGGUUUAAAGAAUUUUGGCCAUUGAUUUCACUUAGGUUGUAAUACUUGCACCCAUCAUGGAACCUUAUCAGAUAUUAAUUUUUUAAAGAAUUUUCAGAAUUUCUAUUUUGCACAGCUGUAGUAUGUUUAUUAGCAGUCUAACUUUUGGCAUAGCAAUAGCAUGCUUUAAAAGAAAGAGAAAGGAAGAGCACAAAAAAUUAUAAUUGAAGUAAAUUAAAGCCCAUGAUGAUGAAGUUAAAGCCUAUUUCUCUGUUAAGUCUAAAGUAUUAUUUUCAAGUUAUUUGCCAACCUGAGGCGAUUUGUAUUUCUUGUCUUGUAUUACAUUGACCAAUUUGAUCCCUGAAUAAUUUUGCAAUGUACAUGUAGAAGUACAAGGAUGCCUUGGAAUUGCAAGCUUUGCAAGAAGACAAAGCACAAGAUCAACUUAAAAUAGACAAUGAACAUUUGUUGGGAAAAAUUCAGGUGAGAGGUUUUACUCUAGUUUCUAUGCCAGAAAAACCUAUAUCUGGUGAUUGGUGUAUAAAAAGAAUGGGAAUCGACGUAUAGUGUAAACUUGUCAGGUUUUUAACACAUGUAAAUCUUGAAGUGCGAGCAUGGCAAUGUCAAGAGUGGGCACGCAAUGAUUUGAACACCAAAGGGCAAGCCUGGGAUAUACUGUUUUUUACAGUUGAAAAAAAAAUUCUUUUGAUGAUUCAUUUCUUAAAUUAAGUCAUGGCUGGGUACAUUCCCAGGAGUGUACUAAACUGUAUAAUUCCAAUUCUUGAACCCUCAGUUUUUUUUUAAACCUUCAUAAAACCAAUAUUCCCAGGAGGUUUAAGAAAUAAAUUCCACUAUUAAUCACUUUUGUUGUAAACAAAUUAACAUUGUAGGAACUACAGCAUGAAAAAGAAAGAACUCAAGAAACAUUAUUAAAACUUGAACAAGAAAAGAGUCAACUCCAAGGCAACUGCAAGGUAACAGUCAUUAUUUUUUUCCUGUUAACUCUGAACGAGAAUGUGCAUCACUUGAAUCUUGUAUCUGGAGUUCUCACAAUGUGUUUCGGCUAGCCAAUGGUUAACAAGUGCAUCGCUAAAUUGAGGUUGGGUCCCUGGAGAAUCCAGGGGCAUCAACUUUUGGCAUUCGGCCUCUAGACUGAAUAUAAUGCCCUCAUGUAUGGCACAAUGGUGCAACCCAGCCAUGAGCCACCACACGAAAGGAAAUAAACAGGCACCCGUCACACUGAAAAUUACAUGUGUAUCUGUGAAGAAAGAACACUAGGGAGAGGAGAGGGGGGGAGUAGCUGAAAGAAACCUUGGGGCAUGGACAAUGCAGCAGAAAGAAAAUUCUACAUGCCACUGCAUGAAUCAUGUUAAGGAUAUCACAAACUAGUGGGCAUGUGCAUGCUGAAGGACUGCCAACCCCUAGCACUGAGGGCACUUUUCCUUGUUACCGGUAACUCCUUUAAAUUGCAUUUAAAAGAAUAUAAAGCUUGCUCAUAUUUAUUCUUGUGCAGUGAUUUGGCUAACAUGUGUGAGUAUGACUUGAGGCAAUUUGAAAUUUUACUUUGGCUGAACUUUUCAUGCUCAAAGUGUUCACUGCUGUCUUGGCUUUUAACAGUUUUGGCCUGAAGGCAGGGUGCAAAGAAAGUUGUGUCAGAUAGCCCGGGGCUAGUGGAUUUUGAUAUCGGGCUAGCGAUUUUUGUUCUAAACUUGCCCGACGGGCCAGUACUGUUUUUUGGGGAAAUUCAAAUUAUACAAGGAUUAUAAUCAAUCCUGCUAAUCAAAAAGGGUUUUGGGGCUAGUUGAAAUGACUUGUGGGCUAGUACAUGCUAAGUACAGCUUGCCCAAAUGGCAGGCUGUAAAACUGACUUUCUUUGCACCCUGCCUGAAGGUGACCAGUUUAGAAGAAAUUGAUCACUGGUCAGUCACAAAGCUGAUAAAAAUACCGAGAUCAACACCAUUUGAGAGGAGUUGAAUUUUAAAAGUGUGUUGAAGUGACCUUAGUAGGCAAAUCAAAUUGUAUUGGAGCUUAACCUUUGUUAUCUUGCAGGAGCUGGAACUCAAAAUCAAUUCCUUGGAAAGUAAACAAUCUGAAACAACCGAGAAGAAUGAUAUAAACAUAAAUGAGGUAGGUAAACAAACAACAUGUAUUAACCCUUUAAGCGCCAAUAACCAUACUCAAAUUCUCCAUACUGAUGUCCAUGCAUUCCCUUAAAGAAUUAAUUAUUUAAGAGAAUUUGAUAAUUAAAAGAUCAAAGUAUUUCCCUCAAAUGAUCAUUUUACUAAUUCUCAUAACCGGGGCUGUCACUAAGAGCCGGGGGCCGGGGAUUUUCCCCCACUACUCUCAUGGAAAACAAAAAGAAAACAAAACCAAAAGUAUUUCCUUGCUGUACAAUUCUCCUCCUACUAACUGCAUAUACCCAGCAACUUGAAAUGUUAGCGACAGCCCUGCAUAAACCAUUUCUCUUGAUUUUAAAUAGAUAUUGUUAGGAGAAAAAUGAUGUCGGUCAGUCUGAAGCCUUAUAGGGUUAAGGUUAGCACCGUGGUAAGAGCUUUGGUCUCUCACCAGUGUGGCCUGGAUUUUAAUCCUGUGGGGGCAGUGAUGUCGGUUGAGUUUGUUGUUGGUUCUUGUAAUAUUGUUUUGAAAGGGUUUUCUUUAAGGACUGUAGUUUUUACUUCUCCUCAAAAAUCGUUAUUUCCAUAUUCAAAUUCGGUUAGGGUAGAGAAGACAAAUUGCCACAGUGACUUUUGGAUAAAGCCAUCGUUUUCCCAAUUCAUUUGUUUGUUCAUUUGUUUGUUCGUUCGUCAUCGUUGUUCUGCGUUCAUUCGUACAUUAAUUUGUUUAUUCAUUUAGCAAAACUACACCCUCUACUCUUAUGGACACAUUGUUAUAGAUGAGAGUUGAAGUUGUGGCAAACACGUUUUAGUGGAACUUACUCCUGUCAUUAUACAUUUGAAAGUAGAGAAAGUGCCACUCCCAUACCCUAUUGAAUAUAAGGGACACUGAAAUGCUAUUUGUGGUACUUAAGAAUGAGGGACCUCUGAUAGCACAAGAAAUAGACCACACUGAAAGUUUUUACAUGCAUUUUGUCUCAAGAUUGUUCCAUGGUUAUUAAUAGUUAAGGCAAGAUGAAGGUAAUUUACAUGAAAACCAGAAAACCACCCCAAAAACACAUGUAAUCUCUUCUGAAUUGUGUCUUACAGCUUCAAGAAAAAAUGGCCAAGCUGCUGGUAGAAAAGGAAGAACUUAUCAAGGCUGUGGAAGAAUCUAAUGAUUCCUACAGUGAAAAAGCUGAGCAAGAUAUUAAGGUACAUGUGUAUUGAUUAAAUAACACAAGUUAAAAUGGACGCACAGCUGUUAGCGUACUGUUAAUUACUUUAACAAAGAUUACUUAUCCGCCCCUUUUGAUUCUCCCCAGUGGGGGAAUACAUGUUUGUCCUCUUCCCUGAAAAAAUUACAGUUUAUGCGUACAUUGUAAAACUGUGCCUUCACGCUUGAAUUUGGUUAAAAUCCUGUACCGUGGAUGCCAGUAGCACAGUCCUUUGCAUAUGUUAGUGCUUGUAGAGGGGUUGGAGUAUGCCAAAAAAGUAUUUCCUGGAACUGAAGGUAUUGUCCCUGGAGCAUUUUGUAUUUCAUAUGGAACCAACCACACUUCCACACAUGUAUUUCCUCUAUUCUAUGCUGGGUAAAAUCUUAGAACAAAGCUUCAUGUUAAACUUUUCAAGUCAGGGUUUCUGUAGAGGGGUAGAGGAAGGAGGAAGGUCAGGUAUUUAUACAUCAUUGUAUGAAUGUACAUUCACAUGAAAGUUUCUGUUGGUGUUUGUAGGAUCUUAAAGUGCAAGUCAAUAAUCUGUUAGAAGAAAGAAAUGAAAUUCAGAGUAGAUUCGAUCAACUUGCGCGACAAAAAGGUGCAGAUUUAACAAGCGAGGGGGCAAGUGAAAUCAAUCAGCAUUUCUUGCUGGCAAAUGAGGAGCUAAAAGAAACAAAUCAGGUAAAA